AUGAGCAUCUUCUGUUCAGCAUUUUACGCCAAUUCUGUAGCAAACACUCGGGAACAAACAUCCUGUGUUCACCCGUCCAAAUCCUCCCUCGGAGAUGAUUUCCAGUUAAACAUACGCGUCGACCCAGAGAAGCCAGAAUUCCACCACGAAAUUGUGGAGGGAAGUUCCGCAAUCACCGCAAUUGCAGCACAUCGUUCCUGCUACACCAAAGAACUGGUGAAUGCUUUAAGAACCGAUAAUCGCAGAAACCUCUUGACCAAAAUCGACGUCCAUGUGCAGGGUGGAGUCGGGAGGGACCAUUAUGGCCAUAUGGUGAAGUCUCUACUGGGGACAAUGGGACCCAAUACAGACAGCAUCAAAGAAUGCUAUUUCAAGAGAACCAACGUCAACAUCCACCUCAUACGACCCAACGGAGAGGAACGAAUUCGGUUGAAUCCUGCUGAAACACUGGCUACAUCCACCCAAUGGAUGGAAAAUUUCAGCUUCAUUCCCGAAUCCGUUGACAAACGCGUACAUAAGGUCUUCAUACCAGGUGCGGUCGUCAUUUCUACAGAAUUUGAAGAGAAGGUCUUUGAUUACAUACUCAAGACUGCUGCACGCGAGCGUAUGAAGGUCUGCUUGGGCAAGGUGCCUUCCUAUGGUAUUACCGAGGACCAGUUGAAACUCAUAAAUUAUCUUGUGGUUACUGAGGAGGAACUUCAGAUUUUCCCUCAAUGCAGCCAGUUGGAAAAAAUGUUUGAGAGGGGUGUAGAAUUGGUUGGGUUGGGUGUAGAGCAUGUGAUUAUAACCAAAGGACACACGAAAGCUACCUACUUCUGGAAGGGGGGGUCGAGUGCAUACCUUUGUGAUUUCAAGGAGAAUCAUCGCAAAGGCAAUUAUAAUGCCAUCGAAAGGGACACAUUCACGGCGACAUUCGCAGCGGGUAUUACUGAGCAUCGAGCUGGAAACAAAGGGGCUGUGGAUUCAGAUUUUUUGGGUGAGUUAGUCAGAAAUGCGUGUGCAGCUGCUGCGCUUGUUGGUUCGAGAGACGGUGCGCCACAGGAUAUCAUUCCAUGGUCUGAGGAGAUCGAGGCGUUUUCGUAG